CUUCUCUGCGCUCUGGCAGUCUCAGCUCUUGCAAUCUUUAUUUUUUGUGAUUUUGUGACAUGAAGAAUAUACAUCAUCGUUCAUCGUUUUCAUUAAAUGAUUCCGUGAAGCAAAAAGAAGUUCUCUAAAUAAUAAUCCAAUUAUUGUGCAUUGUGAGGUUGUCAGAAAGCUGCUUGCAAAUUGUGUGGAUUUUCAUUCUCCCGGUGACGGAGAGCGAUCGAUUCUGAUUACUAGUUUCGUCGUCGUGAAUUCCAUUUCUCUGAGUUGCUGGCCGAUAACAACAAACACGAAUGACGUGGAAGAGGAUCCAGAAGGAAAACAACUAGCCACUAAAUUCCUGCUUUAGGGCAGGUUUUAGCAUAAGUUAAAUAGCAAUUACUGUACGAUACAUACUAGUAAAGUACUAUUUAAGGCAUAAUCCAAAAUGUUCGAGAUAAGCGAUACGCAGAAAAUUGGCGUCGGACUGGCCGGAUUUGGAAUUGCAUUUCUUUUCCUGGGAGUGCUACUGUUGUUUGACAAAGGUUUACUAGCCAUAGGAAACAUUCUCUUCAUUUGCGGUCUUGCCUGCGUGAUAGGUCUGGAGCGAACGUUCCGGUUCUUUUUCCAAAAGCACAAGGUAAAGGCCUCCAUUGCGUUCUUCGGUGGAAUCGUGAUCGUUCUGCUCGGGUAUCCGUUGAUAGGCAUGCUCAUCGAAACGUACGGUUUCAUAUUGCUGUUUAGUGGAUUCUUCCCGGUCGCCAUCAAUUUCCUGCGGAGGGUACCCGUGUUAGGAAAUUUCUUAAAUAUGCCCGGUGUCAGCAAGGUUGUGGAUCGGCUGGCGGGAGACUCCAAUCGAACUACGGAUCUCUAGAGAGAAACAUCAAAUAGGUUAUAUUUUGUAAUGCAAUAUGUAUUAUGUAUGUCAUUUUUUCUGCAUGUAUCAACAUUUCAAAUCAUGAAGAUAUACCUACAGCGUUUGGUGACGAUAAUGGUUUAGAAAUUGUCAUAGCUCUAGAAGAUAAUCAGUCGGUCCAAAAACAAAAUCAAUCUAGACCAGAGGUUCCCAAACUUUUGGAUAUGCGACCCACCUAGCAGAAUCCCAUAUUGCUUGCGACCCACCAGUUACCAAAUGCAUUGAUUUUGUGAAAUUAGAUAAAAAUGAGUUCGCGUUAGAUUGGACAAAUCAUAAUAAAUUGCUUUUUAUCCCAUCAUUGUAUUUGUCAAAAUGUCGUCAAUUUUUUCAAUUGGAUGUGAAUUGGAUUUGGAUGGGAUUCGAAUUGAAUUUGGGUUGGAUUUGGAUUGAAUUUAAUAUUUAUUUAGAUUGGAUUUGAAUUGGAUUUCGAUUUGAUGAGAAUUAGAUUUGGAUUGGAGUUGAAUUAGAUUUGGAUUGGAUUUUAAAUAGAUUUGGAUUUGAUUUAGAUUGGAUCAGGAUUGGUUUUGGAUUGGGUUCGGGGCUUAGAUUUGGAUUGUAUAGGACUUCUUUCUACUUGCCCAAAUAUCGUAUAACAAAAGAAAAGGUCUCGGCCUCGUCAGGUUUGUUGUUCUUUAAUCAUCCAAUCAUUACUUAGAUUCUAAUUCAAAAUAUGGAAUAGAUUUGUGGGACAAAAUAGUAACAAAAUUAUGAAUUAAGAUUUGUCUUUCGCGACCCACCACUGAACAGCCCACGACCCCCCUGGGGGUCGCGACCCACAGUUUGGGAACCUCUGAUCUAGACUAUGUUAUGAUGACGGGAAAUAAUUUGAAUAUCACUUCUGAUAGUGAUAGGAUCUGAAGAAGUUUUGCAGAUUGGAUAGUAUUAUUUGACACAUUUUAUACUACGACCUACGGCUGCUAAUAUGUACUAUAAAAGAAACAAGCAGUUACGUGAAAGAAAUAAUUUGUCUAAAUGUUAUGCUUAAUUGGAAAUAUGAACGAAAAUGCUCAAAAUAAAA